UUCCUUUAUCAUGAUAGGAGACCUCCCUAUUCCUACGAGAGUAGCAGCAGUUACCGCUCACCAGCUCUGUGUUCGAACCCAACAGGCCGCACCGCCGCAGCGGAGCGAGCGAGCGAAGCUCCCUCACGCACCUACGCUGAAAACCUCCGUCAACUUCAUAAUCAUACAACAUCUCUGGUUCUCUGAUCCUACUUCCUCUCCUUCCAGUUUCGAUAGUCAUCGAUCCCCCGCUUGCCUCGACCGAUCGGUUUCUUCUCAUGAAGAUUGCUUUACCUUCUUCAGCUUGCGAGUUGCGACUAGCGAGCGAUCCACCUGACACCAGAGGGGAGAGCCGCCUUCCUGUCAACUGGAUUCGGUGGAUUGAUCAGCGAGUGUUCGUUCUUAUUAGGCGUUUCGUUACUCUCGUUACCUUCCUUUUUCGUUUUCUCUGUCAGAGAGAGAGAGAGAUUGAUUCCGAUUCUUCGUUGGUGAGAAUCUUGUGAUUCGUGCUUCGGACCUCUAUCAUCUCGAUUGAAUUCGUAAGAGAGAGAAAGAAGAAAAAGAGGUGACUUUUUCGGUCCGAUUGAUGGCAUCACCUCUGAUCUCGAAUCCCGAAGCCAGCUCCGAUAGAUCGCUAGAGUCGAAAAAGAAGAAGAGGAAGAAAACCGCGAAUCAGAACCCAGAAGACCCAACAAGAUGGAAGACCCGAGCCGAACAACAAACUUACUCCUCGAAGCUUCUAGAAGCUUUGCGACAAGUCCGCCGGAAUCAACCCCCCGCAUCCCCGGAAGCUCCGCCUCGUGGCCGAGCUGUACGCGAAGCCGCGGAUCGAGUCCUGGCUGUCGCGGCCAAAGGACGAACCCGAUGGAGCAGGGCUAUCCUCACCGGCCGCCUCAAGUUAAAACUCAGGAAGAAGAAACCCAGGGUGGCGGUCGCCGGAAACUGUCGGUCGAAGAAGCCGGGAGCAAGCAUUAUCCGCUUGAAGGAGAAGCGGUUACCGGCGUUGCAGCGAAGAGUGCGCGUCCUCGGAGGGUUAGUUCCCGGUUGCCGAAAACUCUCGUUUCCGGAACUUCUAGAAGAAGCAACGGAUUAUAUUGCUGCGUUGGAGAUGCAGGUUAGAGCCAUGACCGCUCUCACCGAGCUUCUCUCCGUCGUCGGCAACGAUGCCGCGACUAGCUCGAAUCGGUCCCCGCCGAACUGAAUUCGCUAUCUCCCCACCCCCUAAUGUUUCUCGAAUUUUAAAUUCAUGUAUUUUAUUGUACACAAGUUCCCUUUUGCUUUUGGUUUUCUGGUUUUCUGUCCUUUCUUCUUCCCUCUUUUCGAACUCCACCAUCUUGACGAA